AUGUCCGUUGAACGAGCUCUGGUGGAUUGCGCCGUGCUGUCCCUGCAAGACACCCGGUUGUUCUAUCCGUGCUGUAAAAGUUGUUUCUUAAAGAUCGAUGCUGAAGAGCGGGACGUGACGAGGUUGGGAUGCUCCAGGUGUGGUUUCACAUGUCCGAGGGACCAGGCUGACUAUAGAUACCGCCUCUCACUGAGGGUCAUCCGGAACAAAUGCAUAUUCGGUGUAACAGUGUUUGGGAAAAGUUUGAACCCAUUUUUCGGUAUCCACGCCACUGGACUGCAGAGGUUGGUGGAAAACGUUAACGGAUCAAGAUUUUCAUUGUUGGUGAAGGCGGUUGAGGACUGUUUCAUUGGAAGGCAUUUCAUCUUUGGCAUUAAGUUAAGUGCAACAGAAACUGGACCUUGGUCUGGAAGAUCUUCCUCAGAUGGCUCCAGCAGUAGAGAUGCAGCCCAGUUUGUUGCCAGUCAAAUGAUUCUUCCCAAAGACUGGGGCCUGACGGGCUGCACGGUGCUUAGGUAUUAUCAGAGCCUGUGUCAAAAAGCUACAGAAUAUGAAGCUGCGUCUGAUGACCCCAGCAAGUCUUUCAGACUACCAACGCCAACCCUGCUGUUGAUGCCAGAUAGUUUUCCAACCAGAAGCUUUAGUCAUUCUCCUCUGCAUUUCCCUGGUCUUAUUUCCCAGUCACUGUUAAGAUCGGAAAGCCAAGACCAAACGCUCACUCCCACACAUCCAUGGCGACAAUCACUGGGACUCGUGACAUCAUCGGCAGAGCAGGAGGAAGGCUGCAGCCUUCAGAAUAGUGGAGAUGAGAACUGCAGAAAGGGAAACAGCACAACACCACAUCCGGCACCGAGAGGCUGCCUGGAGAGGCGUGACAGAGCAGGGGGGACAACUCCACCCCCCCCACUGGAGCACAGUUUAUAUAACAGUCCAUCAUUUGCCACCAGCCCGGUUGCAUCGGUUGCUGGAAAUGGCGUCUGUGAAACCUGGUGUAGUUCUUCUCAGUCUGGCCACAAAUGUGACAGCCUCACGCCGAAAGAAUCCUCUGCCCGGCGACAGCCCAGGACACCGCUAUCAUGCUCGUUGGCUUGGGAAGAUUUUCCUUUCUCGGAGAGUCUUACAGAAUUUCUUUGUGAAGCGGAUAAAUGUGUUGAUGUUGCUGGUGAGACGAUACAGAAUCUGAAUGCACAGUGUUGUGACCGAAUAACGCGACCAAAGCCAGAAAUCCCAGAACUGGCCGGUGGAUCAGCCUCUGCUGGUCAGAGGAAUCCACAGGUAAAAGGGAGCCCUACACAGAUACUACAGGAUGUCACAAAUGCACCCACACCAGAGGGAGGUGAUGGGCAGGAUUUAUCAGAACAGAUAUGUAAAAGUCCUGUGAAAUGCAAGAACAGGCGUGAAACUAAAUCCAUUUAUUCAAAUGAGUGUCAACGGGAGAAUGACGAGGCCCAUCUCUCUCUGCUGGAGGAGGAGAGUUACAACUGUUCUGCUGACUUGUUUGAUAGCUCGCCCUUAAAAAGUAUGAACAUGGAAACUAUCAGCAAAGAGGCUGAGAAUGUGAGGACAGCCCCCGAUGCUUGUACUUACUCUUCCAAAAGCGGCCAGCAGCACCCGCUCAAUAAGGCUGAAAUCACACCGUUUACGCCACGAGAAAUUAAAGAGUUAGACUUUGUCCCUCCUUCUCAGUCCACCCCGGUUGUGAACCGGUCACAUCGCUCUGGCCGCACGCCGUGCAGCCGCAGGCUGACUUCAGAAGGAAGGCGCCGGAGACCAGCCACGCACAGACGCCAUCUUCAGCAGCGCAGGCUGCAGAGGACAGCUCUGGACUCUGAGCCGGUCAGAAGCUGCCGCGGCGACGGGACCGACGACGAAGGAGUGGUCGCCCCGACUCCUGAUGGAAACGCACAGUUGCUCAGAAAGAGGCGGCGGACUCACAACAGCAGCAGGGACACAAGCUCCAAAUGGAAGCCAGAGGGAGAAGGAGUUGGUUCCUUAAAUCAAACUCUCUCGUGGCUCGGGAGUCUGCCACAGACAGGAAGUAAUGGGAGACGGGCGGCAUUUGAGGGGAGUCUGGAUGGAUCUACUAACCACCCCCUGGAUGAUGAAAACCAGGCGUGUGAUUGGUCGAGAGAUCUGUUUUCUGACUCCGUUUAA